AUGGCUAUCCUUCCAUUGGCAGCUGCUGUUGUAGCAGUUGCCCUCUUCAUCAGAUACCUGCUAGAUCCCUUCCUCUCCCCCCUCCGUCACGUUCCAGGCCCCAAACUCUUUGCCGCGACAAGAUGGCGUCUGGCCUACGAAGAUUGGAAAGGAACGCGUACUCGUACCAUUAACGCACUGCACAAGAAAUAUGGCCCCGUUGUCCGCAUCGCCCCCAACGAGAUCUCUUUCAACAGCCUCUCGGCUCUGCGCACAAUCUAUGGCCCCGGAAGCCGGUUUGGUAGAACAAGCUUCUACCGCAUGUUUGACGUCUACGGCGAGCAGAAUUUGUUCACCUUUCAUUCACCCAAGGAUCAUGGUGACAGGAAGAAGCUUUUGAGUCAUGCCUACUCCAAAACGGCAGUCCUCAAACCGGCAACUGCGAGAAUGAUUGAGAGACAGGCUUGGAGGUACUUGAAUCUCAUUGACGCGGAGCCGGAAGGUGUUAGUGAGAUCUUCAGUACUCUUCACUACUACAGUUUGGACAAUAUCACGUCUUUCGUGUAUGGAAAGUACGGUGCUACGGCCGCUGUGAGGGGAUCCAAGAUUCAUCGCGACCUUAUCUCAGAUAUCCUCCACCCAAGUCGACGACGACUGAGUUGGUGUAUUGUGCAUCUGAAGGGAUUCACUCAGUGGCUGUACCGACAAUCGAGUUUCAUGGGAGCACUGGUUAAACCUAUUCUACCCAUGCAGCAACCUACAACAUAUACCGGGAUUCGUGCAUAUGCACUUUCUGCAUUCAAGCAGUUCCGUGCUGAGGCUGAUGCGCAGGAGAUUGAGUUCACCGAGGACGAGCAUGUGUCUAUUCUGGAACGUCUCUGGCAGUAUCACGAAACUCAACGACCAGACGGAAUGCGUGACUUGCAAAUGGCAUCUGAAUGCGCCGACCACUUCCUAGCGGGAAUUGACACAACUAGUGACACACUCAUGUUCCUCGUAUGGUCUCUAUCUCUGCCAGGAAACGAGAAAUACCAAGAAAAGCUCCGCGAAGAAGUCCAAGCAAUCUCUGAUGACUCACUAAAUAAGCAAGGCAUUCCCAAAGCAGAAGUUGCCGACCGAUGUGUUUAUCUCCAAGCUGUCAUCAAAGAGACACUACGAUUGUAUGCGCCGCUACCGAGUACAGAGCCUCGAUCGACAGGCGAUGAUACCACUAUUGAUGGAUAUAUUAUCCCCAAGGAUACAGUUGUCGGAAUGUCACCAUGGAUCAUGCAUCGUAAUGAGGAAGUAUUUGAGAAUCCAUUGGUCUUCAAUCCCGAGAGAUGGCUUGGUGAGAAGGCGAGUGAAUUGAAUCGAUGGUUCUGGGGAUUUUCAUCUGGUGGAAGAAUGUGCAUCGGCAUGCACCUCGCCAUGGCAGAGAUGACUGUUCUGGGUGCUGCUCUGUAUCGAGAGUACAAGACUACGAUUGCACCCGGUUUUGAGGAUACAAGCCCUGCGAUUACGGCGCGAGUUGAGACUUUCUAUGAUGAGAGAUUCCCCAAAGUCAAGUGA